UUUGAAACGAACUGGGUAUUUAAAAAGGAUGCUAGACAUCUGGACAUUUAAUCGUACACAAGCGCAGGUGUAGCCGGAUUAUUAAACAUAUAAAAUAUAAAAAAAACCAUGGGAUUUGAUGAGGAUCAAGCAGUCGCACGCAAAAGACAAGGAUUACAGUUCCAAAAAAUAUGUUCGCUUAUUCAGUGUGGCGUGGGGCCGAUCCUGAUCAUUCUAGGAAUAGUUAUUCUAGCGACACAGGAUGGUGCAAACUACCCUGUCAUUGGUGCCUCACCUAUCUAUAUCGGGGUCUAUGGAAUCGUUAUAGGAUGCAUGGGAAUUAUAGCCAAUUCCAUGGCAACAGAAUCUUUAACAACACAAGAAGAGUCAGAUAAACAAAGAACACUGUGGAAAGUAUUUUUUGGCCUGACUUGUGCUUCGUUUGGUAUUCUGACGUACCCUACAAUUGAAAAUAUCAGGAGCGCUGUCAGUUGUGGGGGACACAACACGGAAUGUGGACAUGCGCAUCAAGACACUUUGAUGGCGUUGUUUAUUGUGACUACCAUUCUCAUACAAGUGAUUAAUGUUUUCAACAUCAUGUUGCUAGUUAACUGGCGCAAAUUACGUGGAAAUUCAUCAAACUCUCAAGGACAAUGUAUAACAGCUACAAGUAAAACUUCUCCAAAAUAUACAUAGAGAAUGGACACAUACAUAUUCAUGAUCAAAUCUGUAUAUUUUUAUAGAGCAAGAAAAAAAAACAACUUUGAGCAUGUUGAGCGGUCGAGUUCACCACUUGUUAUAUUAUGAUUAUUGAAUGGCUAUCAAUCGUUUUUUCUUAUCAAAUAUUAUUAUUUGUGUUUGUGACACGUACGUAAUAUUAGCUUCUCUUGACGCAGUAAGCUAUUUGAUUUUGUGACACGUGCGUAAUAUUAGCUUCUCUUGACCUAGAAAGC